AUGCAAGCCCAUCUCUCAACUCCGGAAUCGAAUUCGCGCCGUAGAAUCUCUUCGGCCAUUAGCAAACUAUCUUUGAACAAGAUGAGAGCUUUUGUAUCACCAUCCACAGUUGCGACUCAUUCGGACUCUCCCGAUAGCGAUCAAUCCGAGAUCGCAAGUGACUCAUCUCUAUCUGUCUCUGAUCCGCCACCUUGUCCAAUCCUCAAUGCCAACUCACAAACGAUGAAAAACUACGCCAGCCAGAGAUCCAAUAAAACCCCAUUUCGAGAACCAGCCUUAUUCCCAACCAGCCUUAACUUUAGCCAACAAACCAUCUAUCUGUUCGAGUCCAAUGACACCGAAGACGACGAAAACUUGAACUAUUACUUGAAUGAUCUCUUGCUUGGACCGACCGACCCUUCCAAAAAUGAUCAACGCCACAAGGACAAGAUUCAGGAAAAACCAGCGAAGCAAAACAUCAAAAAAUUUAGCCUGAAAGCCUUUCCCUUGACCAAGAGCAUGUCAUUCCAAAAUCCGGGUAAAGGAUUAAUCCAGCGAUCGGAGUCAACCUUUUUUCGCGCGGCUAAACCUAUUCCAUUGGCUUCCAUUACCCAGCCCGCACCUCACCCAGUCGCUGAAACCGAAGUGCGCCAAAAGGCGGAUGAUCGACCUCGAAAGACUCUCGAACCCAAGUCUGAUUAUUCUCAAUUUUCUGAGCGCGCUCGAUUACGUUCACUUCCAACCAAAUUGGAUACUACUCAGUUCAAAGAACUCGUUCACAGGGAGAAACUUUCAACCCCGUUACAAGUGAUCCCAGAGCAAUCAAUUGUAUCCUCGCCAACACUUUCCACUGAUUCUCAAACAGCACUCUUGGCGCCCGAAAUAACCGACAAUCAAGCAAUCUGUCCUCGCAUCGAUAUGAUUCUAACAUCAUCUCCCUUCUUCAACAAUAAUCCCCCUACUCUAUCGCCGCAUCCAACCCAGGAGCCAGGCACACCGAACUCGUCCUCUGGGGACACCCGCGGCUUCCUUUUCCAAACGCUCACUCCCUAUACCUAUGCACCGCCUGAAACUCCAACAACUUGUGUCAACAGUGUUUCUGCUUCCCACCACCUGCAAGCGACUCCCCACGGAAAAUUCGCGAUGUCAACGGGAAGCCCCGGGAUCUUCAGUCUACCAACACCUUGCUCGCAACCCCUGAGGACUCCAGUCAGGCGGCAAUACUCUCUCCUUUCUCCUCACUAUAUCCCCUCACCUCUUCCCCCAAGGGAUUCCGCUUCACACAGUCAAGCUUCCCGUGGCCCCGGUGCUGAUAUGCUGGCAACCCUGGAAUUCCUUUCAGACUUGUGUCAAAAAUCCCCAGAGUACAUGGAGGAACACGACAGCCUCCUCGAGCGUGCUAGUCUCCAAGACUCCAAUGAGCCUUGA